AUUGCAAUCUGCAAACACUCGCACAAAAUCUCGCGAGAGUUCCCACCAAUUAGUUAGUUCUCCUUCUAGACCAUGAAACAGCAUGGAGGAGCCAGCAGGCACACCUACUUCUAGCACGUCCUUUAAACAGAACCGGGUGCAGCCAUGAGGACAUUUGUAAUGCAGAGUCAAGCCAGGCAGCUUCUGCACAACAAGUUCGUGGUGGUUCUUGGUGGCUCAGUGCAGCGCUCCAUGUACAAAGACCUGGUUCUGCUGCUUCAGAGGGAUCAGUACUUGACUCUGCCUCAGCUCAAGUCCAAAGGGGAGUACUCCUUUGAACAGGACAUCCUGGUGGAGGGAGGUCGAUUAGGUCCCAUGACUAACGGCACCGAGUACAAAGAGGUCCGACAGUACCGCUCCGACCACCUCCUGCUGCGUUUCUACUUCCUGACACGGAUCUAUUCGCCGUACAUGGAGAGCAUCCUGGAAGACUUGAAGCAAGGACCCAAACCUGAUGUCGUCAUCAUCGGCUCCUGUGUGUGGGACAUCACCAGGUACGGCCUGGAGUCUCUUGAUCAAUACAAAGAGAACCUCCACAAGUUCUUUGGCGAGAUUAAAACCAUCGUUCACUGCAAGUGUCUCAUCUUGUGGGUUCUGGCCAUGCCGGUUGGCAAGAAGAUCAAGGGUGGAUUCUUGGUGCCUGAAGUGAGCCACUUAGCUGCCACGCUGCGUUAUGACGUCAUCGAGGCCAACUUCUACAGCGGUCGGCUGGCGGAGGCCUACGGCUUCGACGUCCUCGACCUGCACUUCCACUUCCGCUUGAGCCUGCAGCACCGCAUGCCAGACGGCAUCCACUGGGACGCACUGGCCCAUCGACGUGUCAGCAGCCUGCUGCUGCAGCACACCGCUGACGCGUGGGGAGUACACCUGGAUGACCCCCCCCCUCCUCCAGGACAAGUGUUUCAGGAUUACAGAGGAGACUUUGGGCACCACGAUAUCAGACCUGAGUGGCCUUGUCUGAGACCCAUACUGGACUCAGCACCACUCCAGAGACGUGGCCCAGUCCCAUACCAGGAGAGUCACAGAUCAGACCGACUUCAGCUGUUUCCACCAAACUCAGACAGAGCAGUGAACAUCAGACCCCCGCUGGCGCCGACAUGGCUCGCCAAUCAACCUGCCCAGACGGCUGAUCUCCACUAUAGAGCUGUAGAUCCACUCAUGCAUUACCUACAGCAGCCCCACCUCUACAGGCAGCAGAAUUCAGCUGCUGCUGGAGUCCGUCCUCCUCGAGGUCGAGGUUUUGCUGCUGCUGCUGGAAACUGGAGACUCUGCAGUCCGAAUUAUAACCCUUUGCCCCCUGACAACCUGUGGCCGGAGCAUCUUCAGGUCAGAGACACCUGCUCACAGAUGGACUCCAUGUUCAGUGCAGCUGUAGAUCCACUCAUGCAUUACCUCCAGCAGCCCCACCUCUACAGGCCGCAGAAUUCAGCUGCUGCUGGAGUCCGUCCUCCUCGAGGUCGAGGUUUUGCUGCUGCUGCUGGAAGCUGGGGACUCUGCAGUCCGAAUUAUAACCCUUUGCCCUCUGACAACCUGUGGCCGGAGCAACAGGAUUAUCCUCAGGUCAGAGACACCUGCUCACAGAUGGACUCCAUGUUCAGUGCAGGUGGAGGUUUCAGGGUCCGUCCUCAUUUCCAAGCAGACGAUCUCUGCAUGAGGAGGAGGAGGACGACUAACUUCAGGACUCACCCAUACCCGUCUCACCAUCCCCGGGUGACACCCUACGUAUAGAUAGUGAGCUGCAGACACGUACACCCAUUACAGCAGAAACAAGGGGACGCUGGAUUCAAACAUUAACGGAGUGAUAUCCACAGGCGACGAGACACUGUUGGUGCUCAGAAAAACUUGUUAGGAAAUAAAGCCGAUAAGGGGAAAGGAGGUGAAUUUGAAUUUGAAGUCGCCGGCUGUUUCUGGAUGUUCGUGAGAUUAGUAACUGAGGUUGGUUGGAAGCACGGUUACACAUGCAAUACCUGCAUUAAUGCACUGAUCAGUGGUUGUACAUGUUCCCCAAUCCAAUCUAAUGUAGAUUUUAGAUGGAAUUUUUACAUGAUGUUUGUGACACAAGAAUAAUGUUAAUAAAAUUAUUUUCUACUUCCUA